CACCCGCAGGGAUGAGCGAUGGAGGGGCCGAGGCUGGCAGGAGCCCCGUGCUGCUGGCCGAGCCCGCCGCCACCGGGAGAGCCCGGGAGAAGCCGACGACGACCCGGGCGGAGCUGGAGAACGCUUUGCGAGGCGGGGGAAGUGGCGGAGGAGGCGGUGGCCGAGGCGGCUUCAAGGACAUCCCGGGAACGUCGGCGGUCAGCCCCGGUUCCUCCAAGGAAUGUGCCCCCCCGGACAGCGGGAGCCCCUCAGGAGCCGGAGAAGCGGACUACUGCCGCCGCAUCCUGGUGCGAGAUGCCAAAGGGACGAUCCGGGAGAUCGUGCUCCCCAAGGGGCUGGAUCUGGACCGUCCCAAGAGGACCCGGACGUCCUUCACGGCGGAGCAGCUCUACCGCCUGGAGCUGGAGUUCCAGCGCUGCCAGUACGUGGUGGGACGGGAGCGGACGGAGCUAGCGAGGCAGCUCAGCCUCUCCGAGACCCAGGUCAAGGUCUGGUUCCAGAACCGCCGCACCAAGCAGAAGAAGGACCAGAGCAGGGACACAGAGAAACGCUCGGCUGCCACCUCCGAGUCCUUCGCCACCUGUAACAUCCUCCGGCUGCUGGAGCAGGGCCGGCUCCUCUCCGGCCCGACCCCCCCCGGCCUCCUCUCCCCUCCCCUCGGCACCCCCACGGGACACGGAGCCACCCCCGGCACCACCUCCCCCGGGCUGGGGGGCGGGAGCAGCCCCCCGGCGACCUUCAGCCUUCAAAUCCCUUCUCUGGCUUCUGCUUCUUCUUCUUCUUCCUCCUCCUCCUCGCCCCGGCUGCCGCCCCCCCUCCCCGGGCUGUGUUUGGGGGGGCCCCUCCUGGGGGGUCUGCACGACCUCCCUGCGGGUUACGGACUGGGCACCUCUGCUUUUGAGCCUUACACACGCCUGGAGAGGAAAGACAGUGCGAGACCCAGCAAGAAGCCGAGCCCUUAAAACAACACGAGUGUCAAAAAGGUGUCCCCGUCCGUGUCACCCCCCCCUCCGUGUGUGUGUGUGACCCCCCCAUCCCACCCCCCGACACACCGACACAGCCGUGGGGAACCUGUGUGUCCCCCCGCCCCAACUCCUCCCCCCACAGAUGAUGCUAAAGAUGGUCACAUCUGGGGAGGGGCGGGGGGGUCUCUGGGGGUCCCGUGUCACUGGUGUUGUCCCCCCACUCUCGUUGGAUCUGCCACCGGGGGCAUUUGUGUGUGCCACCCCCCCCUCCCCGCACCCCGGGUAUCGCCCCUGCAGGGGCUGGGAGGUGACGCUGUGGUGGGCUGGGAGAGGAGCAGCUCGUGGGGGACACACACAAUAUUGAGGGGGGGGCUGCUGGACUGUCACCUUCGGGGUCACCCUGGGCAGUGCUGGGGUCUGUCUCUGCCCAGCCGCGGGGCCCUUGGGCAAGCGCCGUGCCUCAGUUUCCCCAGCUGCAUGGUGAGAUGGGGCCAGGCCCCCCAUCACAGACCCCCCCCCUCCCCGGAUGUGGCCAUGGGGGCACUUACGAGGGUGGGAUAUACCCCUCGGGGGGGUCUUUGCCAUCAGUGGGAACCCUAAGUG